AUGUCUCAAUUUUCAGAUUCGAAGUCCGACAACCGGUGGCCAAAACCAGUGCCCAGACCGGUGCCCACCCAGAACCCUCGGUCAAGGCCGAGGUCAAAUAAUGCUUCUCAUCAACGCAACCAUCAAUCUUCAAGCCAAGUCGUUAGACAAGAUUGGAAGCAACAGCGUGAGGUAACUGUCAUGCUGAGUAGAAUGCCUCCCACGACCACUGCUACGGAUAUAUUUCAAUCACUGGAAACGUAUGGGCGCGUUGCGUCCAUCACUAUACCACAAGCCAGGAGGGAAGAGCGCACUCGCCAUGCCUACGUCGACUUCUUACCUGCGCCGGACAACGCAUUCUGGUCAUCGGGAAGCAUCACCAUUAGAGUGGGUGGAGGCUCUCGUAAAGUCCAAAUCAAUCUGGAGCCUCCGCGGCGGCCACGGCUGAUUAUGAGCCCAACAAGACCAGGACUCAAGUAUUCUGAGUACAGCAUCUUGAAUAUGCUCAGUCUUGACUUCGGCUUCUUGUCCGAUGAGCAUGUUAUUGAUGUGAUGAAGACGGCCCAGCAUCCCAAAUUCUCUCCCAUCUUGAUUGUCAACUUCAGGUACAAACGAAUCGAGAUAAGAUUCACCUGCACCAUCAAAGAUCCGCGAAGAGAAGACAAAUCAAUUGUCGGUAUUCAUGAAGCGGUCGGCAAGAUGGAGGCUCAGUCACAGGCAGUAGAGUUCCGAGCUGAUAUUCAAUUUCUCCACCUGCAAAAGGCUUUCUUUGUAGAUACCAGCCCAGAACAUUGGUGCUUGGUGCUUCCACAGAAUCAUCCACCCAAGUUCUGGAAACGACGUUCACAAAUCAGUAGCUCCCAUCAGACUGACGAUAAUCGAUGGAGCGCUUUGGAUACAUGGGUGAGGACGACUGAGAUCAGUUACUCGGACUGGACAACACAGCUCCCUAUUACCGCGUGUGACCCGUUCCAGCACAUCGACAUGGGUAAAUGGACCACAUAUCGACUCAAUUUUGAUAAAUCUGAGUUACCUACAUGGUUGCAAAUGCAAUCUGCCUUGAAAGACUUCAACAUUCACUUCAUACCCACCGAUGCUGAUACUUUCACUUGGCAACCCGGCCGGAACUCCAACUUCCGCGAGGCACUUGAUGAUCCUGACGACGCAGACACGGCCGACCCCCUUGCGCUUCUCUUUCAAACAAACAAGAUCCAGUUAUCUUGGGAAGUACGAUGGCAACUUGAAGCGGCCAUCUCGCAAGGCAUUUUCAUCGAGCAAAGUAUCACUCCUGAGUUUCUGAAAAAACUCGCUGAAAAAGACAAUCUCCAGACUGAGGGUGGCCAGAGUCUUCAACUCACCAACGGGAAUACGGUGCGCAAGAGAAAUAUGGCGGUAAAUUGGGCAAAGUAUGCGCUGGAAUACGCGACGGAGGCUGGCAGGCCGAUAUACAAUCCCAUGUCCUUGUUUGACGACAGAUCUGCCAUGACGCAUUACACGUCCAACCUAUUGCCGGAGCACUGUACGUGGGUGCGGAAGGUAGUUGUUACCCCUUCCAGGAUCUAUCUCGCCUCUCCAGUGCCGGAAACUACGAACCGAGUACUUCGACACUAUGAAAUAAUCAGCGAUCGCUUCCUUCGAGUGCAGUUCACCGAUGAGCGCAACGAGGGCAAGGUUCAUCCUCUGCCCAACAGCGAUUCCAGCGAUGCCCUAUUCAGCAAAGUAUAUCGCACCCUGCGCAACGGCAUACGGAUAGGCGAUAAGCACUUCCACUUCUUGGCUUUCGGCAAUUCCCAGUUCCGUGAGCACGGUGCAUACUUCUUCAGCCCCACGCCCACGAUUUCGUGCGACGACAUUCGUGACUGGAUGGGUGACUUUAGUCACAUCAAUGUGGUUGGAAAAUAUGCGUCUCGCCUCGGUCAGUGUUUUUCAACCACACGGGACCCAAAGGCAUUGAACGUUGGCAGCUCUGUCACGCAUAUCCCCGACAUUGAAGCCAACGGAUGGACUUUCAGCGAUGGGGUUGGUAAGAUCUCAUCGUGGAUGGCCACGGAGAUUGCCAAGAAGCUGAAAGUCUACUCGAAUGGCAGAGUACCGUCGGCCUUUCAGUUUCGCCACGGCGGAAGCAAGGGAAUACUGGUCGUGUGGCCACAGAACUUCAACGAAAUCUCCAUACGUCCGUCUCAGAAAAAGUUUACUGCUCAGGCCAAGAAUCUCGAAAUCAUUAGAGCGUCGCGGUUCUCAGUGGCCACGCUCAAUCGACAGACCAUUGCGAUUCUUAGUUGUCUUGGUGUUCCAGAUGAGGCCUUCAUCACCUUGGCGAAGCACCAACUAUCAGACUACUCGACAGCAAUGAGUGAUCCGGAAAUGGCAUUGAGACUCCUCAAGCAAUUCACCGACGAAAAUGGCAUGACAACCACCAUUGCGCAAAUGAUUGAAGAUGGUUUCAUGAAAACAAAGGAGCCUUUUGUAAUGUCGCUUCUUCAGUUGUGGGGAGCUUGGUCGAUGAAAUUGCUCCGGGAGAAAGCUCGCAUCGUUGUCGAGCACGGUGCAUUCGUAUUUGGAUGCAUUGACGAGACACGCACACUCCGUGGCCAGCAAAAAGUCAAUGAGGCAAACUUUGCAAAAGACCGCAGCAAGUUGCCACAGAUCUUCAUACAGGUGCCCAUACCCGGCCAUCCCAACGACUUUCGAGUCAUUGAAGGACUUUGCAUCGUGGGCCGCAACCCAUCGCUCCAUCCUGGAGACCUGAGGGUUGUUGAGGCAGUUAAUACCGACCACCCCGAUCUCAAAGCUCUAAGAAAUGUGGUCGUGUUUCCGGCCGACGGAGAACGCGAUAUUGCCUCCAUGUGCUCAGGCGGAGACUUGGAUGGAGACGACUAUUUCGUCAUGUGGGAUCAGCAAUUGAUCCCCCAGGAGUGGAAUCAUCCGCCCAUGAUCCAUGAUGCCGCGGAGCCUAAGAUUGUGAAGCAGGACAUUACAGUCAAAGACAUCUGCCGCUUUUUUGUCGAGUACAUGAAAAACGACUCGCUCAGUACCAUUGCGCUGGCCCAUCUGGUCUGGAGUGAUAGAUCAAUGGAUGGACCAAAGAGUCCACAAUGCGUCGAGUUGGCUCAAUUGCAUUCGAAUGCCGUUGAUUAUUCCAAGACAGGCCACCCGGCUCAGAUCCCCCGAACUCUCCGCCCUCAACAGUGGCCUCACUUUAUGGAGAGAAACCCGGAUAAGUCAUAUCACUCGCGCAAAAUCCUCGGCAAGUUGUAUGAUCUUGUGGCCAAGGCAGACUUUUCUCCAGACCUUGAGGCAUCCUUCGACGGCAGGAUUCUCCGCCGCUAUAACUUGUCCGACGAUCUACUCACGCGGGCCCGGGGCAUGAAAACGCAGUAUGACAUUGCCAUGCACCGUAUCAUGACUCAGCGAGAGAUCAAGACGGAAUUCGAGGUGUGGACGGCCUUUGUAUUGAGCAAGAAUCGGUUUGGCAGCAACUACAAGAUCCAAGAGGACAUGGGCCCGGUAAUAACAAGCCUCAGAGAUCGCUUCAUCCAGGCUUGUCUUGAGCAAGCAGGAGCCGAAGAUGCUGCAACUCAAGAUAGGGAUCACAAGAUCUUGAACGAGUUUGUCGCGGCCAUGUACGUUGUGACAUGGGAGGAGGUCCAAAUUGCUAUUCAAGAAUGGCAUGAUACCCGCACAAUUGCCGGCACAGUUGUGCCAAAACGCAGCCAGGCACAGAAACCCUUAAUCAGCUUCCCGUGGUUAUUUGAGCGGGAAUUGGGUCGCAUGGUAAUCGACUGCUCAAUAGAGAAUAUGGAACUUGCGGUGCUGCCUCCAGUCCCUCAAAUUGUGGAUGCUGAGAAUAUCAAGGAGGCAGAGCAGUGCAUUGCAGCAUCCUUGAAGGAUGGCCGCCUCUACCAUCGUGGUAGCGAAGUCUUUACCUCGGCAGUGGAGGACGAUAUAAGCAUAUCUAACCGUAGCCAGAGUUCUUCCCCCAGCCGUAUUGGCCGUACUUCAACUUCUUCCCCAAGCAUAUCGAAUGAAGACACGAUGGCAACAUCAAGCUCUGAGAAGGCUACAGAGACUGAGGAGAUUGAAGAAAUUGAAGAAAUUGAGGUGGAGGUCGAAAACGACAUCUCGACGGGCAUGGAUGCUUUACAAAAGCUUGCGCUGAAGUUUUCUGAUGAUGACGACGACGAUGAGUAA